CACCAUCGUCUUCGUCUUUUGCCGUAGUCCGUUGACUCGUUUGUAUUUUCGCAAGAAACUUUCUCUCCCGCACUCUCUCACUCCCUGUCUCUCGUGAUGUCCAAAUCCAACGAGGCAGCUAUGUUAGUAGCGCCAUCACCACCACCUCCACCUUUCGAUCCGACUAAACCAUCAACGCCCAUCUCUUUCCCAAUCAAAACUCUUCAAGACUUAAAGUCUCGCUCUUACUUCGAUUCUUUUCACUUCUCCUUUAACCGUUCCUCCGUCGCUCUCCGCCGCAACAUUGGCGUCUUGCCGGAUCGAUCUAGGCUCUUGGUUUGCCACGACAUGAAAGGAGGCUACGUCGACGACAAGUGGGUUCAAGGAUGUGGAAACAACGCUGGUUACGCGAUCUGGAAUUGGUAUUUGAUGGACGUUUUCGUUUACUUCUCACACUCGCUUGUGACUCUUCCUCCUCCUUGCUGGACCAAUACUGCUCACAGACAUGGCGUCAAGGUAUUGGGGACUUUCAUCACAGAAUGGGACGAAGGUAAAGCUACCUGCAAAGAGUUGUUGGCGACAAAGGAGUCUGCGCAGAUGUAUGCAGAGCGUUUGGCAGAACUUGCUGCUGCUCUUGGAUUUGAUGGGUGGUUGAUAAAUAUUGAGAAUGUAAUAGAUGAAGUUCAGAUUCCAAAUUUACUGGUUUUUGUAAGCCAUCUAACAAAAGUUAUGCAUUCAUCUGUACCUGGAGGUUUAGUUAUAUGGUAUGAUAGUGUCACGGUUCAUGGUCUUCUUGAGUGGCAAGAUCAGUUGACUGACAAUAAUAAACCUUUUUUUGAUAUUUGUGAUGGAAUAUUCAUGAACUAUACAUGGAAGGAGAACUAUCCCAAAGCAUCAGCUAAAAUCGCCGGGGAUAGAAAAUAUGAUGUAUAUAUGGGAAUAGAUGUUUUUGGUCGGGGCACUUAUGGUGGUGGGCAAUGGACUGCAAAUGUUGCCCUUGAUUUGCUGAAGAGAAACAAUGUAUCAGCUGCCGUAUUUGCUCCUGGAUGGGUAUACGAAACCGAGCAACCACCGGAUUUUCACACGGCACAGAAUAAAUGGUGGUCACUUGUUGAGAAGUCAUGGGGAAUAGUUCAAACAUAUCCGCAAGUCCUACCUUUCUACUCAGAUUUUAAUCAGGGCCUUGGUUCCCAUAUUUCUCUCGGAGGUAAAAUAUUAUCAGACGCUCCCUGGUACAAUAUUUCAUGCCAAAGUCUGCAGCCACUCCUAGAAUUUCACGAAGGAAAGAAUUCAGAUAUCAUGCAAGUCACCGUUGAUGGUGGAGAAGCAUCUUAUAAUGGAGGAGGGAACGUCAGUUUCAGAGGAAAACUACAGAGAAAUGCACAUUUCACAGCAAGACUCUUCAAACCUCAUCUUGAGCUCCCUGCUUCUCCAAUCUCAAUCUCCUUUUCUGUGAAGUCAGAUAAAAGAUCUGAACUCAGCAUUCUGCUCCAUUUUUCAUCUCCUUCACAUGAGAAAAAGUCUUUUCUUAUGGCGCCAAAUGAAUCUAGCAACAGAUUUGGCGACAUGUUCUUGCCAUGUCACGUCACAUCUACACAGACCACAUCCGAUUGGAUGGUGCAUGAAACAAACCUUGUUCUGGAUGGGCACACACUGAGUGAGAUCUCUGCCUUCUGCUCCAGACCAGAUGAUCUCACAGAAGAAACAAACACACUAGAGUAUUUUGCAUUGCUUGGUCAUAUCUCCAUCAAGAGCCAGCAAAAAACCAAGCUUUUUCCUUUGGCAUCAUCAUGGGUUAUCGAGGCUCAUCACAUAAAGUUUGUACCGGGUGAUUCUGGCUCCAAGACCUUAAGUUGUAAGCUAGAAUGGAGACUGAAGCACCCUGAAGAAGAUAUCGCCUUUACAAGGUAUAAUGUGUAUGCAGAGAAUCUGAAAUCGAGUGAGUACAGGGCAAGGAAGGUUAUGGAAGAACCGAGAAGCGAGAAAGUGUUUCUCGGAACAGCUCAUGUUGAUGCUUAUUAUGUCUCUGGUCUGGUCGUUGGAUCAGAUUUGAAGGGAGUCCGGUUUGUAGUUCAAACCUGUGGUGAAGAUGGUACAUGGCAGGAGCUGGAUCAUUCACCUAACCUUCUGGUUGAGGUAGAACGUCCAAGUUCAAAGCUUUGUUGUUGUGGGUUAAUUUGAGUUAUGGUUCAUUUAUAAACUUGAAAUUCCUGCCAUCUAGUAAGAGCACUGAUGGUUUAGUCAAUGUGAAGGAUAUGAAACUAUACCAUAAUGAUUAUGCGGUUGAUAAUAAUGACGUUAAAAUAAUUUCUGAUAAUAAAGUUGGUUUCGCUGGAUUA